AUGAGCACAAGCAGCCCCUCUUGGGACCAGGCUGUUCUCCAGCCUCCGGUGUGCGAUGCCUGGAAGGAGUUUAUGGAGGGAGCGGCCUACCAGCUGGCCAGCUGCAUCGUCCUCCUGGGUUACAUGGGGGGAAGCGGCAUCUUUGGGUCCCUCUAUAUCUUUGGCCUCCUGGCCCCAGGCUACUUCUGCUAUGCUCUGUGGGGCUGGCUGAGCGCCUGCGGGCUGGACAUCUUCAUCUGGAACAUCGUGCUCGUCCUUGCCUGCUUGCUUCAACUGGCUCACCUGGGUUACCGGCUCCGCAGAGACACCAUCCCAGAAGAGUUUGACCUCCUCUACAAGACCAUGUACCUGCCCUUGCAGGUAUCCCGGGACGUCUACAAAGAAAUUGUGAAGUGCUGCGAAGAGCAAGUCCAGUCGCUAGUCAGAGACCAGAACUACGCGGUUGAGGGCAAGACGCCCAUUGACCGCCUCUCGUUGCUGCUGUCUGGCAGGGUCCGAGUGAGCCAGGACGGACAAUUCCUUCACUACAUCUUUCCGUACCAAUUCCUGGACUCUCCAGAAUGGGAGUCGCUGCGACCCUCUGAGGAAGGAACUUUCCAGGUCACACUGACAGCUGAGACUGACUGCAUCUUCAUCACCUGGCCAAGGAAGAAGCUGUAUCUUCUCCUGAGGAAGGACCGCUACAUUGCCCGGCUCUUCUCCUCCCACCUGGGCUAUGACAUCUCGGAGAAGCUCUACUCCCUCAACGAGAAGCUCUUCGCCAAGUUUGGCCUUCGCUUCGACAUCCGCUUGCCCAGCCUCUACCAUGUCCUUGGGCCAUCCUCCGAGGGGGAUCCGGAAGACUGUGAGGAGCCACUACCUCCCUCUGACCAGGCUGGUGCCUCUGAGCCCCCUCCACAGCCACCACCACCACCGCCACCAGCUCUACGACCCCGGGCAUCCCGGCCCGACAGUGACCUGCUGGGUGAGGACUCCACCAGUCUUGUCUUGGAAGAUUUUGCUGAGUUGCCGGGGUCUUUUAUGGACUAUGUAAGCGAAGGGGAGUAUAUGAAGUGA